AUGGAAGAUCGUGUUAUCAAGGAUUUGUGGGGCAGUGAUAAUGUCGAUUGGUCCUCUUCGGAUUCCGUAGGCGCGUCGGGUGGUAUAGUAACUAUGUGGAAAAAGGAUCUGUUCUCUCUUAUUUUCAGCUUCAGAGGAGAGGGGUUUUUAGGCUUGUGUGUCGAAUCAGAAGGGAAACUGUGUUACUUCGUCAACGUGUAUGCUUCAUGUGAUUUCUCAAUUAGGAAAAGAUCAUGGAAGAAACUUAUCAACUUUAAAAAUAACAAUGCUCCGGGAUCUUGGUGCGUGGGCGGCGACUUCAAUACCAUUUCCAACAAAGAAGAAAGAAUUGGUUUGGCUAAUAAGAGUUAUAGAAAGGAAAUCGAGUGCUUCAAGAACUUCAUUGAGGAGAUGGAUCUUGUGGACCCUCCCACUUUGGGAGGAAAAUUCACGUGGUUUAACAACAAUGGCAAGGCCAUGAGCAGGAUCGACAGGUUCUUGCUUUUGAAUUGUUUCAUGGAGGCUUGGAACGUACAGGGGCAAUACAUAGGAGGUAGGGACGUCUCCGAUCACGCGCCGAUUUGGAUCAAUGAAAAUCGCAAGGACUGGGGGCCAAAAGCCUUCAAGUUUAAUAACUCUUGGCUUAAACACAAAGACUUUCACAAAUUUGUGGAAACUGAAUGGGGAAAGAUCCAUGUUAAAGGAAGGGGUGACUUUGUCUUGUGUGAGAAGCUGAAAGUUCUAAAAGGAGACUAA